UGGCGGGGGGAGAAGAUGGGGGGGAUUAUGCUCGAAGGGUAUGUCGAGGAGGAGGAGGAGGAGAUGCAGGAGGAGGAGGAGGAGGGGGAAGGGUCUGGCAGUGACCGUCGCAAGGAGGAUGGGGUUAAGAGGUUCAGCAGGACCAAGAGCCUGACGGAUGAUGAUCUCGAUGAGCUGAAGGGGUGCGUGGAUUUGGGGUUUGGGUUCAGUUACGAGGAGAUCCCCGAGCUCUGCAACACGCUGCCCGCCCUGGAGCUCUGCUAUUCCAUGAGUCAGAGGUUCAUGGACGAGCAGCAGCAGAGGUCGCCGUCUUCGGAUUUGUCGUCCUCGCCGUCGGAGGGUGGAUCUCCCAUUGCCAACUGGAAGAUCUCCAGCCCUGGGGACCAUCCUGAGGAAGUGAAAGCUAGGCUCAAGUUUUGGGCGCAAGCAGUAGCAUGUACUGUCAAGCUAUGCAGUUAGCAUCCAUGGCUCCCAUCACAUCCAAAUAUAUCCAUAAAUAUAUACGUAUGUGUCUAAGGCGAUGCUGAUCAGAAGCCUUUUGGCAUCGCAGAGUCGUCCAGAGAUGUUUCCACAGCUCAACUGCAUUGGGGUGCCUCAAUCUGCAAAUUAUUCCAGUAUGUGAUACCAAACUUUCCUGCUAGAUCCAGCAACUAUGGUAGUCGUGGCAUCAAAGAGAAGACGGGCAGGAGGAUGAAGAAAUCUUACAGGUCAGAGUUUUACUGGGAAAAAGAUCAUUACUUCUGUUCUACAGCGUCUCUCAGAUGUAGAUUUAUGAACGAGCAAUUGAGCAAAAGGCAUGAUAUCCUUCUUUAGUGUUUAUUUCUGAUCCGGACUUGCCGACUUGGGUUAUCUUGCCUUUCGUUCCUGAUGUAGAGAGCCUUGUUAAGCUGAAGAGUCUUGAGGAUUCAGACUAAGGUUCAUCCUACCAGCUAAAGACAGGAUGGGCUUGAGUGAACCAACGUGGUCGGCACAAACAAAUUUGAAAGUUAGGUUGCUUCCUCAAUUAUUGAUGUAAAGAUUGCAUUUUGGGGCUUUAUGUGAACCAAUGCUUUCUGUAUUGAGCUUUAGUCAGUGUAUGUUUCAGUCCACUUUUUGUUUCUAUUGAACAGGUCAUCAGUUGGAAAACAACGUGUCCUCGUCCCCUUAAUAAAGUGUUCAUUAUUCCA